UCGAGCCCCAUGUUGCAAUCCUGUGGUAUUGCGGUGAAACGGAGCAUCCCUUUCAGAGUUUACAAGUGUUUAUAAGGCGGCCGGCGCUCUGCUUCCUUCAGAUCACAGCACCAACCUGCCCAGCAACUUCGGCACCCGGCAGCGCACGAAAAGAUGUCUCACCUGCUAUUUGCCUUACUUUCAUUACUUUCCUUUGCUGCCCUUCUGGAAGCACAGUGGAAACUUAGAGAGAAUGUGUAUGUCAUAGAAUCUGAGUGGAACGACGAGACACCAGCUAAAAAAGUGAAGCUCACCUGUAACACAUCUGAUGAAACGCUGCCAGUUUACUGGAAAAAGGGAACCGAACUGAAAGGAACUGGAAAGGCUCUGAUCGUCGAAGUGAAGGAGUUCCCAGAUGCUGGCAACUACACCUGUCUGUCAGCUAAGACACACGAGAUUAUCAGCUACAGUUUCUUCCUCAUAACUAAAGUAGACUCCAAUAGACAAAUGAUACGGUCGAUUCUGAAAAGCUAUAAAGAGCCGAGCAAGACGUUCUUAAAAUGUGAGGCAAAGAACUACUCUGGAAUUUUCACAUGUUCAUGGAUGACAGAAAAUGAGAGUCCAAGCAUGAAGUUCACAAUCAGGAGCCUGAAAGGCUCUCAAGGAGAUGUAACCUGCAGCAGCCCUGUGGAUCACACUGAAAAAUCUGUGACUGAAUACACUGUCCAGUGCCAGAAGGAAAACUACUGUCCAUUUGCCGAAGAGCACCAGCCAACUGAGAUGUUCCUGGAGGUCAUUGAUGAGGUGGAAUAUGAGAACUACACUAGCAGCUUCUUCAUCAGAGAUAUCAUAAAGCCAGACCCUCCUCAAUGUCAGUAUGCAAGCACAAAUGGAACAGUGACCUGGACAUAUCCCAGGACCUGGAGCACACCAAAGUCCUACUUCCCUUUGACUUUCAGGGUCAAAGUUGAAAGCACAAAGAAAUACAGAAGCAAGGUUUAUGAUGCUGAUGAGCAGUCUAUUCAGAUUCCAAAGGCUGGGCCAAAAGACAAGAUCUCUGUGCAGGCCAGGGAUCGCUAUUACAACUCAUCCUGGAGUGAGUGGUCUGCACUUUGCAGGUAA